CCCGCCUCCGCCGGGCCGAGCCGCGGUCCCGCUGACAGUUGAGGAUGGCUGGGGCGGAGGGGUCCGCUGGACGGCAGUCGGAGCUGGAGCCCGUGGUAUCGUUGGUCGACGUUCUAGAGGAGGACGAGGAGCUGGAGAACGAGGCGUGCGCCGUACUGGGCGGCAGCGACUCCGAGAAGUGCUCCUACUCGCAGGGCUCAGUAAAGAGACAAGCACUAUAUGCCUGUAGUACUUGCACCCCAGAGGGAGAAGAACCAGCAGGAAUUUGCCUAGCUUGCAGUUAUGAAUGUCAUGGAAGUCAUAAACUAUUUGAGCUAUACACAAAAAGAAACUUUCGUUGUGAUUGUGGAAACAGCAAGUUUAAAAAUUUGGAAUGCAAAUUAUUUCCUGACAAAGCAAAGAUAAAUUCUGGCAAUAAAUACAAUGACAACUUUUUUGGAUUGUACUGCAUUUGUAAGAGACCUUAUCCUGAUCCUGAUGAUGAGAUUCCGGAUGAGAUGAUCCAGUGUGUAGUCUGUGAAGACUGGUUCCACGGGAGGCAUCUUGGUGCCAUUCCCCCCGAGAGUGGCGACUUCCAGGAGAUGGUGUGCCAGGCGUGUAUGAAACGCUGCUCCUUCCUGUGGGCUUAUGCUGCGCGGCUGGCAGUAACCAAAGUAUCUGCAGAGGAUGACGGGUUGGUGCUGAAUGUUGAUGGAAUAGGUGAUCAGGAAGUCAUCAAACCUGAAAAUGGAGAUCAUCAAGAUAGUACCCUCAAAGAGGAUGUUCCAGAACCUGGACAGGAUGCUGUCAAGGAAGUUAAAGUGGAGCAGACUAAUGAACCAUGUACCAGCUCUAGUUCUGAAUCUGAUCUCCAGACAGCGUUUAAAAAUCAACAUCUCAACCCGGAAUCACAGGCUGGCUGCAGACUUCAAGAGCUUAAUGCUCAGCAGUUUCUAAAGAAAGACACUGCCACCUAUUGGCCCGUGAACUGGCGCAGCAAGUUAUGUGCCUGCAGAGAUUGUAUGAAAAUGUAUGGCGAGCUAGAUGUCCUGUUCCUGACAGAUGAAUAUGACACAGUUCUGGCUUAUGAAAACAAGGGCAAGGUUGACCAGGCAGCUGACAGGAGAGACCCUUUAAUGGACACCCUUAACAGCAUGGACAGAGUCCAGCAAGUGGAACUUAUUUGCGAAUACAAUGACUUGAAGACUGAACUUAAAGACUAUCUCAAGAGAUUUGCUGAUGAAGGCACGGUUGUGAAGAGAGAGGACAUCCAGCAGUUCUUUGAAGAAUUUCAGUCAAAGAAGAGAAGACGAGUGGACGGCAUGCAGUACUACUGUAGCUAGAUGGAGGAUGGCGCCUUCUCUCGGCCCGGCCUCCGCAGAGGCCGCUUACUGUGCCAGGAAUAAAAGGGGCGUAUCGCACACCUGGUCCUGUUCUGGCCUCUCCUUGGAGAGGCCUCCCCUCCGGCCUUGAGCUUCCUUUCCUCCUCAGCCACAGUAGCCACAGCGUGGAUGCUCAUUUCACAACCCGCACCCUCCGACUCCGCAGACCGCAGGCCUGCCACCCGACUACCAAAUACCCCCAGGGUGUUUGCCUCGAAGUUUUAAGCAGUUUGAUUUGGUUUUGAGAAAGUAAACUAGUUUCUUUGCUAAUGAUUUGUUCUUUAACUCCUGAACGUGUCUCCUCUGGCACAGAGCUGUUGUGUCCCGGGCCCUGCUCUGCGGGGCGUGGCAGGAGCCUUCCUCCUGCCCGCCAGAACCCCCUAGGUCGCUCACCCCUCUGAUCGUGGUGCCUUGGGUCGGCACUUCCUCAGGCCUGGUCUGCCUCUUCUCCCACAUCCCUGCUUUCUCCAGUGUGGUCAGCGCGCAGAGGCGUCUCGAAACUUGCUUCUCCUGGGCCCAGCCUCCAGUGGAGCCAAGGGCCGAUGGUUUUCUGGGCUGGAUGUCUGUCGUAGGCAGGGAGGCUGGCCGGUGGCAGGAUCGAGGAAGCCAACCUUUGUUAGGAUUUUUACUAAUAAAUUUCAAGUGAAACUUCCGUUCACAGUUCUCCUGGCAUUAGCAUCUUAGAACUUCAGUAUGUAGUGCUCGCAGGGCUUCCUGGACGAAGUCCCUCCGCCUAGAAAACAGACCGGGUACUACCCUGUGAAAUCUUGCUGGUUUACAAAGUCCUCUGGAUUUCUUUAUAUUAUCAGGGAUAUUCAUAAGCAUAUAGUAAAAACGGACCUAUUUUGAUACGGUUCUGUUCUGAGAGUUUUCUUAGACCCCAGUAAAUUAUUAUUUCCCCCUUAAAAUCUGUGUUGAAGAAAAAAGAUACUGGUUUAGCUUACUUGUAGCAAGCAGGGCAGUGAGUGCCCUGUUCUGGAAGAGGCAGGCGGUGUGUUAGAGAUUCCAAAGGAGGCCCGAGGCUGCACGAAUGACGAGCUUUAUGUAAAUAAAAGUUAACGUCCACAGCUGGUUCUCUAAGGACCAUGAGAUCUGCUUUUGAAGAACCUUGUGGACGGUUGUAUAAAACCCCAUAUUUGAGGGGAAGUUCUUUCAGUUGGUAUGAAAUCUCUUGAUGGCCCUCCGUCGAUGUGGAAAAUACCUUUGAUGAACACAGAGCCCUCGGUUGCUCUCCCUCGGGAGCGACACGGUCACUGCCCACCAUAGAUGACACGCUUUAAGGUAUGGGACUCUAAGCAUCGGAGGCUUUGGGGCCACAGGGUUGCAUUCCUUUCCCUGUGUGGAUCCAGUGGCGGCCAGUACCAGCCCCUGGAUGAGAUGAACUCGGCCCAGAGACCAGCAGGGCCUCAAAGAAACGGUCCAAGCCCUGGUUUUCUGCAUCAAGCCUCUUAAUUCCAGGUCCCCACCAGGAGUGCCGUGUGGAGCUAGAAGGGCCUGUGGCCGCAGGAGAUGCUUGCGCGCCCUGAGCUGGUCCCUGUAGAGAGGCUAGGGUGCCAAGCUCGGGGCAUCUCUGAGAUGGUGAACAGGCCCCAGCUUGGGAGCUCUCGUCCGAGUCUGAGGACUUCUGCUCGCCCCGUGCAGGCUUGCGCCAGGCCUUGCGGUGGCCUGCAGGGUCCCGGCUUCCCCAGCGUCGGCUCGAACUGCCACAAGGUUCUGGGCUCCCAGGACCAGUCAGGGCCGCGCCUCGGAGGCUGCGCGGACCCAGGCAGCACUAAGUACACGUCUCCCAGGGCGGAAGGGCUCCUCUAGAAAGGUACUGAUCCUUCUUUUACAUUAACCAGAAAACCUCUUUUUUUUUUUUUAACCUAUGUUCACAACCAGUUUUCUUAUUGACCGCAACAGACUGUCUCUUCUUGGGGAGACGGAUUUUGGCCAACACGUGGCAGUUGACAUAAAUGCAUGUUUUAUGCAAAACAAGAAUAUGGGAUUAGUUGCUUUUAAGGAACUUGGCCAUCGUAUGUGCAUUUUUGUAGAAUUGUUACUGGACUUACAAUGAUAUACUUCAAUCAGGUUUCUGUAAAAUUUAAAUAAAAUCAGUUCAA